AUGCGUCUCUGGAAUCUCGGCGUUCUUGCGGGCGCGCUGGGACUUGUGACCGUACUGGCGACCGCGGCUGAUGUACCACCCCUCGACGAUUCUUGUAGAGCCAAGACCAUCUAUGUCACUCUCCAGUCACCAGCAAUGACCGUUGCCACCCACAAGACAGGUACAGCCACCUCCACCAUCCCCGUUCAUGCCACCUCCGAAAGCACUUCUACUGUCACGGUAUACGCCCCUACAAGCACAAAGACUAUCAAGUUGCAUCAAGUUGCGAGUUCCAUUCUCCAGGCCAACCCUGGUAUCCCUACAGCAACCGCCGUCGCUGUCCCCAAUACUGUCGUUACCCUAUAUCAAAUCGCUCAGUCAACUAGCCUUGCAGCUCAGGCUGGAUUUUCCAACGAUGCCACCGCCAAUAAUUCCCAAGAUCCCAUCGACCCUGCUCCAAACCACCAGGAUCCUGUUCCAGAUGUUAUCAUCACCAUGACUGUUGUGCCCCUACCGUUAUCACCAGAGCAGACUCGGACUAGAAGUACACCCAGCUCAGAGUCGUUGCCUUCGACCUUUGAACAACCUACUGCGAGUUACACUGGCACUAAAUCUGGAGGGUGGAAUCGCACCUCCGCUGCACUAGACCCUACCCGUACUGCACCUACAUAUGCAUUUGGAACCAGUUUAUCAGCUCAAACCACGUCGACAAUGAGCCUUCCUUUAUUUACAAAUUCUAAAACCACUAGUCUUGAGCCCUCGGUAAUUUUACCAACCUCCAUCGAGCAACCUACUAACCAGAAUUUGAGCACGAUCACUACCAUAUUAUCCAUCCAGACCUCUACGACUGUUUCAUCUAGCGCUUCUGCCACAUCAACCGCAUGCGGACAACGCGGGAGUGGUGAUUUCACCAUUACUUUUGAUGAGAUCCCAGGCUUGGGAGUCGGCGACGAGAAUCCUGACACUGUCCAGCCACAGCCUGCCACGAGCCCAUACCAUCAAUUCGACUGGUCUAAUGGAUUCACAGUUGUGCCACCGCCAACCGACCCAUACCUUCCUUCAAGUGGAAAGCAGCUAACAGAGUUCAUACCAAACUUUAAUGUCAACCUGAGCACUCCUGAUACUGGUCCAAGCUCCAAGGCUGGUGGUUUCUCCGGAGAUAUUGCUGUUGCUGAUCAUGGCUCCACUGGCUGCUUCAGCUUCGACUUCUAUGGUGCUUCACUGGGAUGCGACUCCAGAGGUCCAGACUGCCGCUUCAACAUCACAGGCUACAGCAGCCAGGGUGAGACCAAGGUUGCAGAACAGCAUCUUUCCAUUUCCGCCUGUCCUGCGCUCGUCAACUGUACCCUCGAGCGAGCCUCUCUAGAUGAGCCAUUCCGCGAGCUGACCGAGAUUCACAUUCAGCUCACUGUGGCCGGGCAGCCCAAGAUAUGGUGGAUGGACGACUUGCGCAUGUCUUGGUCCGACGUCUCCUGUGAGGCUGCGACCUGCCGCGCCAACACGCAUAUUCCUCAUGGUAUUGGAAAACUUCGUAGUCGUCAGCCAGGACUAUUUCACGCACGUCAGCGACGUCAACCGCGGAUCUGA